AUGGCGAAAGUAGACAUACGGUACAAUAAUUUACCAAACGCACCAUUUUCAAUAGGAUUGACGUAUAUAGGUAUCUAUAUAUCCGAGACACAAAGUGAUUCAUACUGGACGGAAAACAGAAAGAUAACCCAACCUUCAGGUGAAAGUAGAAUAGAUCCUGAUACAACAUUAGCAAUAUUCAGCAGCUGGGUUCAACAGAAUUCACAAUCAUUAUCAAAUCCUGAUCAUACCAUGUUGUUCACAAAAUACCAACUUGUGCGAGGUGGGUCAACUAGUGCCAAUGGAGUUGCCUAUCUUGGUGCAAUGUGUUCCCCAUUAAGUCAGUCUCUCGUGCGAGACAAUUUUAAUUUCAUAUCACAAACUGCGGCAGCUCAUGAAUUAGGACAUAGUCUUGGUGCUAUUCAUGAUGGGGAUCAAAAUGUGUGCAAUAAAAGUGCUGCCUUCAUUAUGUCCGCUACUGGAAGUGCUAAGCUUGAUGAUACAGCCAGACAUCCGUGGAUUUUCUCAUCUUGCUCUGUUACAGAGAUACAGACAGUGAUGGAUAAACUCAAUAGUCAAGGACCAAAUUGUUUGCUGUCCACCACUUCAACGUCAGUUAUAGAUAUCUACCAGUACAUGUCAGACCCUAUAGGACAAGAUUUUACCAUAGAUAAACAAUGUCAGCUCAUAUUUGGUUCAACGUCAUAUGCUAGCAGGGUAAAUAAAGGCAACAGUAGUAUACCGCUGGCUAUAUACAGUAACAGUUUCGCCAAUAUAUGUACCGGACUAUGGUGUUCAACAGGAGGAACCAGUCUAUCUCUAGUUAUACCGGCCGAUGGAACAACGUGCGGAAACAACAUGUGGUGUGCUGGUUAUUCUUGUGUUAAUGAUCUGUCAGCUCCAUCCAUUACAGAUAGUUGUAUGUUUGGUGAUACCCCAUUUACUCCAAUCAAUGGGGAAUCAUGUGCAUCCUAUAUUGAGAGUCAACCAUGGCAGUGCUAUAGAGAUGAUGUUUUCAAUAUAUGCUGUCAAUCCUGUUUGAAUCAUAGAACUAAUGAUACCGAAUGCAUUUUUGGUGAUAUUGGUGACUGUUCGUCAUUAAGUCCAAGGGAUUGCUAUACUACUGCCUUAGAAAACCAAUGCUGUAGAUUUUGUCAUCAACAUAAAACAAAUAUCAAUGAUUGUAGAUUCGGAGACAAAACGUCAGGUUGUAUGGAUACGUUAUGUCCAUAUUAUGUUAAUCCUGAGUGGUGUUGUGAAACAUGUCACAACCAUCUGUUUCCUACGACUGUUGCAACAACAAAUAUAGAUUGUUUAUAUGGCGACCUAUGGCAAGGAUGUAUGGAAAACCUUUGUCCAUAUUAUGUUAAUCCUCAAGGUUGUUGUCAUACAUGUAGACAAUAUAUUGCAAAUCGUAAUGUGACAACAACAACACCAAAAACAACAUCGACAAUUACAACUCCGACAACAACUUCUACAACUACAACUCAGAGGACUACAACACCCACAACUACAACUCCGACAAUAAUUUCUACAACACAGACAACUACAACUCCGACAACAACUUCUACAACUACAACCCAGAGGACUACAACACCCACUACUACAACUCCGACGACAACUUCUACAAAACCGACAACUACAACUCCGACAACAACUUCUACAACUACAACUCAGAGGACUACAACACACACAACUACAACUCCGACGACAACUUCUACAACACCGACAACUACAACUCCGACAACAACUUCUACAACUACAACUCAGAGGACUACAACACCGAAAACUACAACAGCUCCGACAACAACACUGGCGACUACAAUAACUCAAACAACAACUUCUACUACAACUUUGACUACAAAAAAAACAUCGUCAACAAUACCGACAACUACAGCUCCGACAACAACAACACCGACUACAACAACUCAAAUAACAACAACUACUACGACAACAACACCAUCAACUACAACUCCGACGACAACAACACCGACAACUACGACUUCUACCUCAGAACCAACUAUCAAAAAUACAACUUUUUUAUCAUUUACUGAAGCCACAACGAAAUCUGCAACAACUCCAGAAAGUCUUUCGCCUGCUCCCCUAGGAUCCGAUACUAAAGACAAAUGGAUGAUACCGGUCAUUUCAGUUCUGGGCGGCAUUUGUCUUUUACUGUGCAUCAUUGUCCUGAUAUUAUUUCAAUAUAGACGCAGAAAUGGUAGACAAAAGAAGCAACCAGAAAGACAAGCUAUUCUUCGAGAGAGUCCCGUUUGGCAAACUAUUGAACCCGAUAAACAGAUAUUUGAUAACAAAGGGUUUCAACCAGAGGACAAUCACAAUGUUGUACAGAAAGGGACAUUUAUAUCAUACAAUGUGAGUCGACCUGGGUAUCCAGAUUACAAUCGACCAGUGUCUGCUGCUGAUGUGACCCUUACUGAAACCAUUAUAGACAAACAAGUCAAUCAGAUCGGUAAGACGUAUGGAUUGUCAACAGAAAAUGAAAAUAGGUUGAGUAGCAUUAUUGAGGACCGACAAAUGCAGAGGAAUGGUGCAUUGAUCAGCGAAACAAAAACAUCAGUACCAAGACGUUCGGAGUCGGAUAGGACCGUACGAAUUCAGACUUCGACACCUCGAUAUGAAAAGAAAGACAGUCCCCGAAAAAUUAUCGAAAAAGCUAGGGAGACUAGCUUGAGAAGGCAUGCAAGUGAUAGUAUUAUAGAAGGUUCGAUGCUCGAUCGGAGACUGCAUUUAAGAGACAGAUGGUUACGAGAACAGCAAAUGAGGAACUUAAAACAGCAACAAUACAUCCGGGGCACUGACGUUUCUCCACGACAUAGGCAACAAAAUAUACAACCUUUAAGAGGUCAUGCAUUUCAAGCUGUGAACAAGAGUGAAAGUCCUCGUGCGUAUUAUACGACAGGAGAAGAAUAUUUACUUGUCACACCGAGACAGCAAGCACAUAGAUCUCCUCGGUUACAAAGUACUCCAAGGUCACCGCGUCAUAAUAAACCAAUGACGUCUGAUGCUCAUGGCACAGUUUCUGGGAAACCAGUUGUUGUUUACACUGAAGGUGGGGAACCAGUAAUGCUUUAUCCAAAUCAACACUCUCUCAAUAGAAAACGGAAGAAAGAUCGGGUUCGCAUCAACCGUGCUGGAUAUUUUACAGACUUGUGAUUCGUAUAUUAUAUAACCUAUUUAUCUACUAUAUAGUGUGGUAGUAUUAUGAACAACCACUUUUUAUAUAAACUUAUUGUGAUGUUCACCAAAAUACCAUAAGCUUUUCUUGAAUAAA